AUGGAGAUGAAGCCCCGAUCGCGCGACAUCUGGGUCGCGGUCGGCGUGGUCUCGGCGCCGUCGCACAUUCGCCACCGCACCGUGUUGCGUUCGUGGCUCUCGCUCCCCGACAGCGACGCCGCGACUCUCAGCCUGUUUGCUGUUCGCUCGGGCGGCGCUCCGCAACGCGUGAGCGAGUCUCUUAUAGCCGAGCAGCGCGAGCAUGAAGACAUGCUUCUGCUCCCCACCGUCGCCUGGGACGAGACACGGCUGCGUGGGACCGUGCUGACGCUUGCAGCGUGGCUCGAGCACGCUGCGACGCACCUCAGAGCGCGGUUUGUGGCCAAAGUGGACGACGAUCUAUACCUCCAUGCGCCGCGGCUAGCCAGCAUGCUGCGUGCAUUGCGACCCUUGGGCGACCACUCCUACUUGGGCGCGCUGGCUUGGCACGGGUGGCGGCCUGCGCUCUGGGACGCGUGCGGCUUCGGCUGGACCGCCACCCUCUCCUCCUCGAACCUCAAGAGGGAGGGCUGCGAUAAGGCACAGGCCGAGGUUGCCGGGCCCUUCCCCUUUGCCAUUGGCUACCUGGUCGUGCUCUCCGCGCCACUGGUCGCCGCGGCGGUGGCCUCGCCCGCGUAUGCAGCCGAGCUGGCACGCCUGCGCGCCUUUCGGCCAGCGAGAAGGGAGCUUGGCAUCAACGAGGACGUGUGGCUCGGCUCAUUUCUCCACCGCCACCUGCACAGCUUACCGAUUGCCUUUGUCGACCUGAGCUCCUUUGAGGGCAUCGUCGACCUUGGUCGCGGCCGACGUCGAGCGCCGGACCUGAUGAUUCCACGCUCGGCCGUGGCGGUACACGUCAAGUCUAAAGAGGUUGGCGCCUUCCUCGCCGUCCACGACCUGUUCACGCAGCGAAACGGCUCUGCCGAGCGCUGCCAGCCCCGCCAGCCUCGCCUCUCCUGCGGUACUGGCUGCCCCAAGAUUUCCGUCAAUGCGUAUACCAUCUCCUCCGACCUCGGGCGCAUCGCGGCGGCCGAGAUCACGCCCAGCUCUUGCCAACCGGAGGGCAGCGCCAAUGGGAACGCCAGCUCUGUCUUUUGCCGCGUGUGGCUGGAACCGGGCGGUCGCCCCGCGUACAGCGUCGCCCUUCAGCGGUUUGUGCAGUGCGGCAGGGGCGCUGGCUGCAAGGAGCCCAGUCGAUGGGCGUCUCCAGGCGAGCGCCACCGCGUGCGGUGCUGCUCGGACUCGCCCCUGCCAGGCUGGCCUGUGCGCGCCGGUUGCUCGGUGUGGGCCGAGUCAGACGGGCCGCUGCUGGGCGGCUGCCACCUCGACAAGACGUUCGAGGAGGCGGCUUCCAUCUGCAGGGGGGCGGGCGCGCGGCUCUGCUCUGCCGACGAGCUGCGCGGCGGCUGCGCUCGAGGCACUGGCUGCCACGGCGACCGCCACCUCGCCUGGUCGGGCGACCGCUUCCCCGCCGCCGAUCCGCCGCUGCAACUUCCGCCGUGCUCCGUCGCCUCGGUUGCUCCAGUCGACCUGGCGCCGCUGGUUAGGACGGACGCGAUGCUGCAGCGCGUCCUCGGCAUGUUCCCCGAUCGCGGAGCCGGCUGGGGCCCCGCGCCCGCCCAGACAGAGCGCCCCGCCCACUACGUCCAUCACGACGCAAGCCUCGUGCUGAAGAGCCCGUGGUCGUCUUGA